AUGGUGUUGACGAAUUCAAUGGCGACUCGCAGCUCGCUGGAGCUGAUGCUGGAAAAAUUGCAGCGGCAGCCGGACGAUCAGCCACAGGAUGCUCCGCCGGCGUUGCCCGCCAGGCCCGUUUCGAGGGCCCGUCUGCCCCGGGCUCGGAAGCCGCUGCAGCUCGACUUACAUAGGAGGAGGAGCCUUGAAGAAAUUGAUGCGGGCUCCGAACGGGCCCCCAUGGCCAUGGCUGAUGGGCCUGCUAGUUUUGAUCGUUUUCAGGAGAAAAAUUCGGAACAUACACCAGAAAAUGGAAUAUUGAACAUCCAAAAAUGCUACCGUGGUUACAAAAUCAGGUGUUACUACAAGGAUCUCAGAACAGGAGUAAUUGCAAUGCAAUCGUUUAUUCGUGGCGAAAAUGCACGAACGGUUCGUAAUUGUUGGAUUAUAAAGCUUAAGGCUAUCAUCCUAAUACAGAGGCAUAUUCGUACGUACUUUGAGCGACGAGCUCUUAAAGAAAAGCGAGCAAAAGUUGAGCAAAUGAAGUUAACUGGGAAAAGGGGGAAUAUAGGACAAGUCGAGGACAUUGAGGUCCCAUACAGUGUACUUAUUGAUCUUCAAAAACGAAUUUUACGAGCGGAAGCAAAGGUGAGGCGAAAGAAAGAGGAAAAUGUUGGUUUGAGGAUGCAAAUUCAAGAAAUGGAGGGAAAAUGGCGGCAAUAUGAGGAGAGAAUGAAGUUUUUGGAGAAGGCAUGGCAAGAUGAGUUGACAAAUAUACAAGAACAUUUAGCUGCAGCAAAUAAGAACCAAGCCUCUGAAAGAAAUUGCCCUGAUUUUAUAAUCACUUCACACGAUGGCCAGCAAGAAAUACUAAUAAACGAAGAGGAUAUUGAUCAAACUAAUGAAAUCGAGCUCGUGCAAGGUUGCAGCAUAUUGCAUCCUCAAGAAGAGCUUCGUAAGCUGAAGCUCAAGUUCAAAUCGUGGAAGAAGGAUUACAAGAAUAAGCUGAAAGACACAAGAGCAAUGUUAAAAAAGCUCGAAAGUUCGAAAACUGCAAGAAGCGAAAAGACUUGGUGGGGGAGAAGGUCGUCAAAUUAG